ACUUACUGGGCCUAUGUGCCUUUCCCGCCCUUAAUUCAGGCAGUCACUUGGAUGGAUAAUCCUAUUGAAGUAUAUGUUAAUAAUAGUGCAUGGGCACCAGGCCCCACAGGUGAUCGUGGCCCUGCCCAACCUGAAGAAGAAGGAAUGAUGAUGAAUAUUUCUAUUGGGUAUUAUUAUCCUCUUAUUUGCCUAGAGAAGGUACCAGGAUAUUUAAUGCCUACAACCCAGAAUUGGUUGGUAGAAGCACCUACUGUCAGUGCCACCAGUAGAUUUACUUAUCACAUGGUAAGUGGAAUGUCACUCGGGCCACAGAUAAAUAAUUUACAGGAUUCUUCUUAUCAAAGAUCAUUAAAAAUUAGGCCUAAGGGGAAGCCUUGUCCCAAGGAAAUUCCCAAAGGAUCAAAAGGCCCAGAAGUCUUAGUUUGGGAAGAAUGUGUGGCUGAUACUGCGGUGGUAUUACAAAACAAUGAAUUUGGAACUAUUAUGGACCGGGCCCCUCGAGGCCAAUUAUAUUAUGAUUGUAUGGGCCAGACCCACUCAUGUUCACAGGCCCCAUCUGUCUGGCCCACUAAUCAGGACUAUGAUAGUGAUUUAACUGAAAGGCUGGACCAGGUUUAUAGAAGGUUAGAAUCACCCUAUCCAUGGAAAUGGAGUGAAAAGGGAAUCUCAUCACCUCGACCAAAGUUAGUUAGUCCUGUUACUGGUCCUGAACAUCCAGAAUUAUGGAAGUUUACUGUGGCCUCGCACCACAUUAGAAUUUGGUCUGGAAAUCAAGCUAUAGGAACAAGAGAUCCUAAGCCAUAUUAUACUAUUAACCUAAAUUCCAAUCUGACAAUUCCUUUGCAAGGUUGUGUAAAACCUCCGUAUAUGUUAGCUGUAGGAAACAUAGUUAUUAAACCAGAUUCCCAAACUAUAACCUGUGAAAACUGUAGAUUGUUUACUUGCAUUGAUUCGACUUUUGAUUGGCAGCACCGUAUUCUACUAGUGAGGGCAAGAGAGGGCGUGUGGAUCCCUGUGUCCAUGGACUGACCGUGGGAGAGGCUUCCCCAUCCGUCCAUAUUUUAACGGAAGUAUUAAAAGGAGUUCUAACUAGAUCCAAAAGAUUCAUUUUUACUUUGAUUGCAGUGAUUAUGGGUCUUAUUGCAGUCACAGCUACUGCUGCGGCUGCUGGAAUUGCUUUACACUGCUGUGUUCAAACUGCAGAAUAUGUAAAUAAUUGGCAAAAGAAUUCCUCAAAAUUGUGGAAUUUUCAGACCCAAAUAGAUCAAAAAUUGGCAAACCAAAUUAAUGAUCUUAGACCAGCUGUCAUUUGGAUGGGAGAAGGCUCAUGGGCUUGGAAUGUCAUUUUCAGUUACAGUGUGACUGGAACACGUCGGAUUUUUGUAUUAUACCCCAAGCCUAUAAUGAGUCUGAGCAUCACUGGGACAUGGUUAGACACCAUCUACAAGGAAGAAAAGAUAAUCUUACUUUAGGUAUUUCAAAAUUAAAAAAAGAAAUUUUUGAGGCAUCUAAAGCCCAUUUAAAUCUGGUGCCAGAAACUGAGGCAAUUAUGAAAGCUGCUAAUGGCCUCGCAAAUCUUAAUGCGGUCACGUGGGUUAAAACUAUCGGAAGUUCCACUAUUAUAAAUUUCAUAUUAAUCAUUGUAUGCCUGUU